AUAAGGAUGAAGUGCUGCCCAUGUGACUCCAAAGGUCAGCUGGCCCAUCCAGUCCAGGACGUCCUGGCAACAUCUGGACCAGACAGAUGGUGGCAGUCCAAGAAAGGAGUAAAUCCAGUCACUCUCCAGUUUGACCUCAAUAACUUGUUCCAGCUUGACAACCUCGUGCUCRACUUUAAGGGUCCUCGUCCCCAAGCCUUCGUGAUAGAGAGGUCUGUGGACAACAGUCGAACGUGGGAGCCUGCUCUCUACUUCGCCACAGACUGUCAGAAAGCCUUUCCAGGUGUUCCAACAACAGUACCUCUUACUCUGGACCAGACGUACUGCCACACCCUACGCCGUCACCCUGACGCGUACAAAGAUGAGAGGAUUGAGUUCAGUCCACUGCGUCAGUAUUUGUCUGUUCCGGCUCCAAACGGCCAAAAACGUGAAGUGAAGUCUGGGUUCACAAGUCUCCGGCUCAGGCUGACUGAGCUGGGCGAGGUGCCCCACCAACCAGGGAGGUCUCUCAGCAGAUUUUACGCCCUGCAGGAAAUGAAGGUGAUGGGCAGCUGUAUGUGCCAUGGUCACGCAAACCGCUGUCUGCCAGAAGAAGAAGACAAUGGMUUCAACACUAUCCAGGUGAACCCUCAGUGUGACUGCAGGCACCACACAGCUGGUACAAACUGUGAGCGCUGRGCUGAACUCUACAAUGAUCUGCCCUGGAGACCUGCAGAGGAAGGAAACACUCACACAUGCAAACGCUGUGAGUGCAACAACCAUGCCCAGCGCUGUCACUUUGACCCAGAGGUAUAUGAGGCCAGUGGGAGAACGAGUGGAGGGGUAUGUGAGAGUUGUAUGCACCACACUACAGGGCCAAAGUGUGACCGGUGUGCCCCAGGCUACCAGCCAAACCCUCGCAGCCGAAUGGACCAAUCUGAUGCAUGCAUACGAUGUAUUUGCGGAAGUGAAGGGACAGUGAAUGGGGCCCAGUGUGAGGACAGCUCAGGCUCCUGUCAGUGCAAAGCGAAUGUGGAGGGUCUCCGAUGUGAUCGCUGUAAGAGAGGACACUACGGCCUGAGCCAGUCCAACCCUUUGGGUUGCAGCAGAUGUUCCUGUUCCCCGGAUGGCUCCCUGUCAGAUGUGUGUGACCUUCUGACCGGUCAGUGUCCCUGUCGCCCGCAUUUCCAUGGUCGCACCUGUGAUGUGUGUUCGAAAGGCUACUGGAAACCAAUGCUAUCGAAUCGCUGUGAGCCCUGUGGCUGUGAGCCCACCGGGUCGAACAGUGACACCUGCGACAAGCUGACAGGUCAGUGUGAGUGCAGACAAGGCUUUGGAGGCCGGACGUGUUCUGAGUGCCCAGACAACAUGUAUGGGAACCCUUUGAUCAGCUGUCGGCCAUGUCAGUGUGAUGUGGAGGGAACCCUGCCAGGAGUGUGUGAUAAGCAGACGGGUGUGUGUUUGUGUAAGCAGGGCAUCACUGGGACUCGCUGUGACAUGUGCGGUCCUGGACACUGUGACUCUUUCCCCACCUGUGAGCGCUGUCCCUCCUGCUUCUUUACCCUGGACCUCCAGAGAAAAAACAUCAGCUUAGCUGCGGAGAAACUUUCUCUCAGGUCCCCCUCUGUUCCUGGAGGUGAUGAUGAGYAUGUUGGACUUCGCAUUCAGGCCCUUGAAGCUAGCCUGAAUCUAAUCAGGAAUACUGUUUCCCGUCCGCCCAACACUGUUACACCCAUUGACAACGCUCUUGUCCAGCUUGCCAAACUUAGGAACGAUCUGGACAAAGUUGAUAAUGAUCUUCCAGCCAACGUGGGAACUCCUGACCUGGAGUCUGAACUGAACCGACUGCAGGCUCUGCUUGACAGCCUAACUCUGACUUAUAAAGCCAAGAAGAAUGCUGUGGAAAACUCCAUAGAUCCCAGCAAUACAGGAGCAUUUCUUACCAUUAAGAAUGCCUAUGACGUGUCAACAGAUGCAGCCAAGAAAGUUAAUACCAGCACAAACAUAGUUGAAGAGUCAAUGGACCUUAGAAAAGAGACAAAAGACAUUCAGAGCAAAGUACAAGAAACCAACACCAGAGACCUGAAUCAAAUGAACCAGACCUUGGCCUCACAGCCAGACCUUAUUCCCACUGCUAAACAGGUGUGUGGAAGUGUUCGAUCAGAGCCUUGUACUCCUCUUGAGUGUGAGGCAGGGGCUUUAUGCCCACCAGAGGGAACUCCUCCUUGCAAAACGGGAAAAAACUGUGUUGGUGCUUUGCCUUUGAGCAACAAGGCAUUUGCUGACGUCAACAAUGUGAAGGAUCGACUGGAUAAGCUCAACGUGAAGAUGACGGACGCAGCAGAGAUGCUUCAAAAGACACAAGAGACAACGAAUGAAAUUCGGCAGUCAGCAAUGGACCUGUCCAACAAACUAAAGAAAGCCAGAGAUCAGCUUGAAGAAGAUUUAAAUGACACACGCACGUUUGUGAAGGAACUCAAAGACUUCUUGUCAAACCCAACCUCCAACCUGACCCAGAUACAGGAGAUAAGUGACUGGAUCCUGAAGGCCAAAGUACCCCUCAGCCCGGAUACACUGAAGAUGAAACUAGAGGAACUAAAGAAUCUGGCAGCAAAUUUACCAAACAGCACGGCUGUGCUAAAGGAGGCUGAACCCCAGCUAGACACAGCRAGAAAACUACUGCAGGAGGCCCAGGAUGCCAGGGACAAGGCACUGGGAGUGAAGACUAAUGUGACCAACCUGAAUGCAGGCUUAGACUCAGCUGAUGAAGCCCUCUCUGACCUGGAGAAAAAACUGCAAGAAAGCAUGGAUACCACAGAAAACCUGAAUAAAACCCUGACACAAGUCAAGGACCAACUGAGCCCAGCAGAGAAGGUUCUGGAUGAUGUGUCCACACUGAUAAAGCCAAUGGAAACCCAACUGGGUGAGCUGAAGGAGCUGCUGAAGAAUGGCCUUCAGAAGGCACAGGAUUCACAGGAAAAUGCAGACAAAGCUGAGGAAGAUACAGCUGCAGCAAAUCAGGACCUGCUGACUCUGGAGAAACAACUCAAUCAACUUAAAGAUCAAGGAGCCACCACGCCAGCUGGAGAAGCAGGCCUUAUUGCAGAUCGACUUGCAAAACUCAAAGACAGUGCUGGAACUUUAGCUAACACCACUGAAACUAUGCUGACGUCUCUAGCAGGAAAAGCAGAUUCUCUUCAAGCACUUCAGGACGAGAUCUUGCAGAAAUCAACAAAACUCGAAGGACUUGAUGCCAAAUUAAAGGACCUCCUGGCAAAACUUAGACAAAAGGCUAAAGAUUUUAUUGGGUGUCAGGGUUAGGAGUUAGCAGACACAAGCACCUGCAGGACCUCUCAGCAUAUUUUCAUCGUUCACACUGUUCUCUUACAGUUUUAUAUAUUUGCACUCUUGAUAUAGCAUAUUUUUUCCAAACAAAAAUGCCUGAGUUUCAAACUUUGACAACCAGUUAAUCUGCAACAUGCUCUACAGUGGACAUAAUACAGUUUUUCUCUGUUACUAAAACACUAAAUCCUGUUGUCUGAACCAAAUGCUCAGUUCCUUGAACCCAUUUAUUAAAAUGGCAGCCCUUUUGUCAGAACACUAAGCACGGUUCACCCAGUUAGACACAACAUGCAGACCUAUUUUCACCACUAAAACACAUUUUGCUCUUUGGUUCACAUGGGUUCCACAAGCACAGGUAGCAAAAGUGAGACACAAAUAAAGCACUGCUGCCUGAUCUGAAACACAGCAACUCAAAAUAGAUCACACUUGUGUCUAAUGAUGUGAACAAACCAAUACAAGGCAGUACAAGGAGCCCUGCUAAUCAAAGCUUCACUGUGAAUAGAAACAAUCACAGAGGCAAGUACUAUAAAUAUAUAUACUGUAAAUAACUGCAUGCAGUUUUGUUGGUGCAAUGGAUUUGUACACUUAGAUAAAAACAAAAAGUAUACACACACAUACACACACACACACACACACACACACACACACACACAC